GUCGCACACUUGACACUGAUAUAAGUUGCAGCUGCGCUACGCCUUCCCUCCCUCACCACCCCAACCAUUUCUCCGCUGCACUGAGAGCUCGGCGGCCACCUUGAGUCUCCAGGCCAACCACCUCUCUCCAGCAAGAAACCAAGAACCAGCGCGCGCGGCCAGCCAGCCAUGCCGAGCGCCGCCGGCGGCGCCACCUACAAGGGCGGCAUCAAGGGCUACUGGAAGCGCCGCGGCUACGACCGCCUGGACGCCGCCGCGGCGCAGCGCCGGCCGCGCCUCCCCACCGCCGAGCUCGGCGGGGGCUCCGGAGCUGUGCCGCAGCCGGAGCAGGCCAGGCGCCGGCGCGGGUGGCGCGUGCGCCGGCGGGUGGGCGUCGUCGGUCGGCGCCUCCUCCGCGCGCUCUCGCCGCGGCGGUUGCUGGCGCGGCUCCGCGACGCCUACGUGAACGCCAUGCUCCGGCUCGCGUCCUCCGCCGCAGUCGCCGGCUACGGCGCCGCCGGGCCUUACUGCACCGCGGCCGACCCCUUCGCGCGGCCGCGGCCGCUCACCGGGGAUUACGACGAGAAGGCGCUCGUCGAGAUCUACCGGGCCAUCCUCGCGCGCGGGGAGGCCGCGCCGGUGGUCGCAGCCGCCCGGCUGCCCGCGGUGGUCUGAUGAUCUGCCGGACCCGGCGGCGAUGCCGAUGGGAGUGCAGGAGCUCGUCGCGCUCCUCUACGCUUCUUGUUCUUGCCUCAUGCAAGACUCGUGUAUGCUAGAAUUUCCUUUUGUUACAUAUAUAGCGCAUGAACUUGUAUGUUAAAAUGGAAAUUCUAUUGCUCUCAAGUUCGUACUACUUGGAGUGGCACUCGCACGGUCGCACCAGUUCACCACACCCUUUGAAGUUGAACCUGUGAAUUUCACUACAAUCUGGAAGAAACCUUUCAAUGAA